UACCCGCUCCUACUUCCACUGCGAUCGCCUAGACCGAGCGGAAGCAGAAGUUGUCCUCCUACCCUCCCUCCCCGUAGUCUUUUGCGACACGUGACAGGUCCCAGAAGACUACGGGGCCAUUCAUGAAGUGCAGUGCUACUCGCGCAUGUGCAGUGGGCACCCAGCUGAUUGGCACAUUGACAGGUACCUGCUCUCACUUCUGCUGCAAUCACCUAGGCGAUCGGAAGCGGAAGUUGUCCUGCCCCCUCCCUCCCCAAUGUCUUCUGGGACACGACAGGUCCAAGAAGACUAUGGGCCCAUUCACAAAACGUAGCGCUUCUCGCGCAUGCGCAGUGGGCACCCGGCUCUGAAGCCGCAGUUGUCACAGCCUUGUGCCCACACUAAAGAUGC